UAAAGGAGUGUUUUCUGUGGUUAUUAUUUAAGUGGUUAUUUUGAACCAGGUGUAAAUUGAGUUAACGGCAUGUUUUUGUUUUAAGGGUUUCUGAACCUUGGAUUGAACAUCUCUCUGACUUCCUGUAGUUUACAGAGUCGUUUUGUGACUGGCACAGCGUAGCCGUACAUUUGGAUCAUCUGAGCUUCACGGCUAACACUAACUUGCUAACAAGGCUAGUUGCUAACUUUAGCGAAGGGUUGAUGCGGCGUAUUUUUUUCUUUAAGUUACAUACAGUUAUUUUUUUACUCUAAUAGAUUCGUUUGCAUGUACGCCAAUUUGCGCCGGGUCAUAAAUGACAUUCCCUGUCUGGCUUCCACACACCCCCGUGCUUGCUGGCUGGCUAACCCCGCUGCCACAACACUGCGCCUCGGACAGACGGUGACGCACGGCGCUAGCUCCGAGCUCCCAUCUUUAAGCUAACAUUAGCACACGAAGAAAGCGCGCUAGCACGGAUACGCUCUGGGAAACAAAGCCGCAAAAAUCACCCGCCUAAAUGGACCACAUGUCCAUAAUAACCCAGGUUUCAAACCCGAAGGAGGAGGAAAUAUUAGCCUUUAACCAAGAUAAAGCAUCACAGUCCAAAAGCAGCUUGAAGAAGCAGAGGAAUCGGAGCAUCUUCAGCACAUUAUUUUGCUGUUUCCGAAAUUACAAUGUUGAGCCACCAGCUGCCAACUCCAACACCAGCGCCCUGCCUCCACCGGUCGAGGAGAACGGAUCCCCUCCCAAGUGUGACCAGGUCGAGGUCAUCCCUGUCCCUAGUCCACCAGCCAAAUACCUCCUGCCAGAGAUGAAGAUUUCUGAUUAUGGCAAAAAGUGUGUUGUGAUAGACCUGGAUGAAACUCUCGUCCACAGCUCAUUUAAGCCUAUAAGCAACGCUGACUUCAUUGUUCCUGUGGAGAUUGAUGGCAUAGUUCAUCAGGUGUAUGUACUGAAAAGGCCCCAUGUUGAUGAGUUUCUUCAAAAGAUGGGAGAGCUUUUUGAGUGCGUGCUGUUUACAGCCAGUCUUGCUAAGUAUGCAGACCCUGUGGCCGAUCUGCUGGACCAGUGGGGUGUGUUCAGAGCGCGGCUCUUCAGAGAGUCCUGUGUUUUUCACAGAGGCAACUACGUCAAAGACCUCAGCCGGCUCGGACGAGAGCUCAACAAUGUCAUCAUAGUCGACAACUCGCCUGCUUCCUACAUAUUUCACCCUGAAAAUGCUGUGCCGGUGCAGUCGUGGUUUGACGACAUGAAUGACACAGAGCUCCUGGACCUGCUGCCUUUUUUUGAAGGACUCAGCAAAGAAGAAGAGGUAUAUGGCGUCCUGCAGAACCUCAGGAGCAGGUAGCAGGACGGACUUAAGCACCAUGGCUGAUCUGCACACUCCUCUGUGUCCUUCUGUGCCCUCAAACCUACGCCACACCUCUCGGACUCAGGCAGAUCCUCCAAAACAUGCCCCUUUUGUCACUGCCACAAGGGGGAGCCCUGGAGUCUCACUGUGGAAACCUAUCUGCUCUUGGAGACUGGCCGUUGCCUCCCGAGUGCCAUCAGAAACUCAAACUCCCAGAAGCACUGUCACUAAAUCACAUAAGAACAGAGCAUCCUUGCUCAAGAAUAUUGGAGAAAAUUACUAAGAGGAUUGAACUCUGGUUUUUAUUUCAAACAUACAGAGUUUUAGUAACGGGAGAGUGCUUGUUUUAAAAACCAAAAAAGAAAAAGAACAUUUUUGAAACCUCUUGUGAUGCUACACAAGUCUGACAGAUUUUGUCCUCGUCGUUGCUAUGCAGGCAGUUUCUGGUGAUAGAAAGGACUGUGACUCUUUUCUUACUGAGUAAAGUGCCUUGUCUGAAAGUAGUUUAUAUGAGGAAGUGUUUUGUACAUGGCAUAUUUCAGUCUUCACAGAAAAAUAUGCUUUAAAGUGGACACAGAACUAUCUUUAUAUAAAAGUUUGGCUUUAGUUUUGUGAUCAUCAACGCUGGGUAAACAUCUUCAUAGUAUUCUUCCCCUCAGUUUACUUGUGCCAUUAUAUAGAUGUAACUUUGUUCUUUCUGCUUUCAUUAUUUGUAGGAAUGUUGUAUUUUAUUUGAUUUAGGAAACUGAAUAUGUUUGCAAUGGCUAUUUGAGAGUAGAAUUAACAUCUCAAAGUUCAGAUAAAACUGUGCCAUUACUCCUCUUGUCUUUUUGUGUUUUGUUUUAUUUGCCAAAUAAGGAAAUUAUUUUUGUCUUUACAAGGCUUUCAGUUCUAAGUGUUACAUUUAGUAAGCAUAACAUUAUUAUAGGUUUAUAAUUUUGGAUUCACUUGUAUGUAUUUGUUACUGUGUCCUAUGUGGCUACCUGUAUUUUCUUUGACAGAGUUGUACACAGAUGCAAAGGUGUCCUACUGUUUAAUUUGGUCUGACAGUGAAUAGGUCUAGUGCCAUGUUUUUGUACUUCUCAUGAGGAUAUUGUAGGGGAUUUUAGGAUAGUGGUGGGUUGAGUUCAGAUAGUGAAACUUUAAACUGCUCGUCACCUCAGUGCCUAUGUUUGAGAGGAGCCACACAAACUGAAUGCUGCAACAUUAGCUACAACCACAGUGGCAAUAAUCCCUAUGAAGGUACAUCUGUUAACAUUAUGCCUUUGGUUCAGAUCCAGUCCAGCUCAUACUUAAUGGAUUUCAGUAUUCCUUUUCAUAUAUAGUGAGUUGCCACUUAUAUUAUCUUUUAAAUGAAUGGUUGCGCAAACUAACUAAAUUAACAAUUGUUUUGUCUAAAUCUUCAACCAUGACAAAACUAAGUAAAAAAGUAAAUACAAUUAUUAAUUAGGUUUCCAUUUUCUAGUAUUCUGGUCGCUUAAAUCUGUGAAUCAAAAUGCCAUUUUAUAAUGUGAAAUUAGGACGGCCUAAACCAUUUCAGAAAUGCAACCUGUAAUCAUUUGAACAUAUAUUUGCUCUUUUACAUUGUUGGUAGUGAGUGUUGUGCUCAAGGUGGUUCAGUGCAAUGUCUUUUUCAAAAAAUAGUUUGACUCUUCUCAACCUCCGUGGUCUCCUUUCUGACAUUGUAUCGGUCAGAUUUUUCUACCCUCUUAUUCAAUAUUUGGUUCAAUAUGUUGCAUCACUGUCAUUUUUCCUGUCUAUGUUCCACCCUACAGUUUUUUUUCCUCUUGCCUUCAGUAAAAUCUGAGUCAGGUCUUGUCCUCUCAUGGGACAUGCAUGCGUGCCAGCACAAGCAUUGUUUUUGUUUCACUCAUUUUCACACAACUCAUUUGCUUUGAUUUAACACCGAAGUUCAGAAACACUUGAGUUUGAGGUCAUUAUUCUGGGACAGAUUCACUUUCAAGUUUUCUUUUUAACACUUGUCACUUCUUGUUGGCUUUUUCUUUUGAGUGUUGGCCGCAAAUUGUCAUCCUGAGCAUACUUUUUGGCUAUUUCCAUAAUAAAAAAAAAAAAUUCAUUUGA